AGUAACCUCCGCUGUUCGGGACUAUGGCGAAAUGGGGCGAAUCCCUCAACUGGGUACUCCGGGUAGAUACAUAGCAGUUUUUCAAGCAAACGCCGUGUCGCUGGUCACUGGCAAACGCAAUGGCCAGGUGGAGAAUCGGCAGCUCCGCGAACACUUGGCCCAAGCUCUUGCGCGACUCGAGCAAGUACAACAUGAAAACCUCGUGCUGCAUCAACUCGACCUGAAUCUGCACACCGAAGUUGCGUCCCUCCGGUUUCUGGUGUUCAACCCCGACCCCCAAGCUGCUGCGGCCAUCCGUCCUCCUGGACUAUAGACUCCCUUCACUAGCAAGAAACGUCAACUUAUAGAGAGAACUCCCUUCUUCAUGACUACUAGUAUUGCGCCGCCGCCGCCCCCUGUCGUGUUAUUGUGCGGAUAAAUCCGGAUACCACCUUGUUUUUUAAUUUGCA